AUGCGACUCUUUGUUUCCCUCCUCGUCACGAGCUUGCUGCUGGCCAGCAAGUCUUUCACGCAAGGUCUUCCUCCUUGGACCAGUGCACAAGGUGGUCAGCCGAGUAACGGUGAGUCAGCUCCCCAUGCUGUUGAUCCCCUUGCUAGCGGCAACCAUUGGAGUCCUAUGCCUGGACCCGCCAUGCCGCCCAACAACGGUGCUACUGGCGGUGGCUGGCGUCCAUUUGGCUCGCCUGGUGGUCAACAGGGCGUCGCACGCUCACCUGGCCCUUCUCAGCCCGGCCAAGAUGGAGGUAUACCUACUCUUCCUUUCGGCGCUUCCGGUGGUGGUAUACCGGGAAUGCCAAGUGCGCCAGGUGCUGGCGCCUCCGGAAUGGUCCAGGGUGGUGGCGACAGCCAGCUCAAGCAAGAAACCGAGUUUCCUGGUCAACCAACCAAGGCACUGAUGUAUACGUAUGUGCCCAAAUCAUUCGGGAACGGGGGCGCAAUUGUGGUGGCGCUGCACCACUGCGGGGGGACCGCGCCUGGCUUUUUCCAAGAGAUGUCCGGCUCCGGCUGGGCCAAGAUGGCAGACGAAAAAGGGUUUUUGAUGAUCUUCGGACAGAGUCCUGAAGGCUCAGGCAAGUGCUGGGACGUUUCCAGCCGUGCUUCUCUCAAGCAUGACGGAGGUGGAGACACAAACACAGUCGCGAACAUGGUCAAGUUUGCUCAAAAGAAGUACGGCGCUGGCGAUAAAGUCUUUGCGGUGGGCCAGUCAUCGGGCGCGAUGCUGAGCCAGGCUCUUGCUGCCACUUAUCCCAGCCUGUUCGUUGCCGCUGCCUCUUUCUCUGGCGUUCCAGCUGGUUGCUUCCGAACUGACAAGAUCACGGGUGCGGAUUGGAAUAGCACGUGCACCGAUGGCAGUCUGAACGAGCCAGUCGAGUACUGGAAACAACAGGCCAGAGGAAUGUUCCCUGGUUACAAAGGUCACUACCCUCGAAUGCUCAUUGUUCACGGCACCAACGAUGCGGUCAUCAACUUCAACGAUCACGUCGAGGCAACCAAACAGUGGUGCGGUCUACACGGCUUUGACCCUAAGAGCCCCGCCAAGAAAGACACGCUGCCCUCGCUACCCAACUUCGAGGUUUCGGAGUACGGCUCGUGUGUCAAGGCGGUGACUGCGAAAGGCGUCACUCAUGACAAUCCCGCUCGAGCCGAUCUGACGUGCGAGUUCUUUGGUCUUUGA